GAUUUUGCUACUCUUUCUUUUAAGAUUAGAGUUGAAACAACUAAUAAAGAAACAAGCACCAAGUUAUCUUUUUUGGAUAAGAAUGAUGAACUGAUCAAAAAACCUGAAGGUGUUUUUGCCAAGGACAUAACUAAAAAAAAAGGAAAGAUUAAAGAACUAUUCUGUGGGCUUGAUUUUUAUCUUCUUAAUCACUCUAAUAAAUAUGUGUUCUACUAUGAUGAAAUGAAUACUCAAAAAACAAAAGAUAAUAAGAUUUAUUUUAUUAAUUGUAGUCUUAAAAAAAGCCACCAAAUUUUCAACAUUCAUCCUGUUA